CGGAGUACACCUCACCCGGGCCGAGCUGCGGGUGACGGGUGCAUCCCCUUCCUCCUCCCGCCUCUCUCUGGGCUGGCGCUCGUUGGUGACGUCGUGGGUGUGAUGGCCGCCGCGAGGCCGGGAAGGUGAAGCUCCCUUUUCUUUUCCAAUAAGUUGGGACUGGUGGAGUCAACACAAUCAGUAGCCAACCUCAACCUGAGACAGGACAGAGAACUCAAAUUCUUCUCCAUCUUUGACUCCAGAGUGUCCAUGAUGCCCACCCUGUGAAGAUCUCUCACCAUCCAAAAACGCAAUGUCCCUGCUCUUCUCUCGAUGCAACUCCAUCGUCACAGUUAAGAAGGAUAAGAGACACAUGGCUGAGGUGAAUGCUUCCCCACUCAAGCACUUUGUCACUGCCAAGAAGAAGAUCAAUGGCAUUUUUGAGCAGCUGGGAGCCUACAUCCAGGAGAGCGCCACCUUCCUCGAAGACACCUAUAGGAAUGCAGAACUGGACCCUGUUACAACGGAAGAACAGGUUGUGGACGUCAAAGGUUACCUAUCCAAAGUGAGGGGCAUCAGCGAGGUGCUGGCCCGGCGGCACAUGAAAGUGGCUUUUUUUGGCCGGACGAGCAAUGGGAAGAGCACCGUGAUCAAUGCCAUGCUCUGGGACAAAGUUCUGCCCUCAGGGAUCGGCCACACCACCAACUGCUUCCUGCGGGUGGAGGGCACAGAUGGCCAUGAGGCCUUUCUCCUCACUGAGGGCUCGGAGGAGAAGAGGAGUGUCAAGACUGUGAACCAGCUGGCCCAUGCCCUCCAUCAGGACGAGCAGCUACAUGCUGGCAGCCUGGUGAGUGUGAUGUGGCCCAAUUCCAAGUGCCCGCUUCUGAAGGAUGACCUCGUGCUGAUGGACAGUCCUGGUAUUGAUGUCACCACAGAGCUAGACAGCUGGAUUGACAAGUUUUGCCUGGACGCUGAUGUGUUUGUGCUGGUGGCCAACUCGGAGUCCACGCUGAUGCAGACGGAAAAGCAGUUCUUCCACAAGGUGAGCGAGCGUCUCUCCCGCCCAAACAUCUUCAUCCUGAACAACCGCUGGGACGCAUCCGCCUCAGAGCCCGAGUACAUGGAGGAGGUGCGGCGGCAGCACAUGGAGCGUUGUACCAGCUUCCUGGUGGACGAGCUGGGCGUGGUGGAUCGAGCCCAAGCCGGGGACCGCAUCUUCUUUGUGUCUGCCAAGGAGGUGCUCAAUGCCAGGAUCCAGAAAGCCCAGGGCAUGCCUGAGGGAGGGGGCGCUCUUGCAGAAGGCUUUCAAGUAAGGAUGUUUGAGUUUCAGAAUUUCGAGAGGAGAUUUGAGGAGUGCAUCUCCCAGUCUGCCGUGAAGACCAAGUUUGAGCAGCACACAGUGCGGGCCAAGCAGAUCGCAGAGGCAGUUCGCCUCAUCAUGGACUCUCUGCACGUCGCAGCUCAGGAGCAGCGGGUUUAUUGCCUGGAAAUGCGUGAGGAGCGGCAAGAGCGGCUGAGGUUUAUUGACAAACAGCUGGAACUCUUGGCUCAAGACUAUAAACUACGAAUUAAGCAGAUCACAGAGGAAGUGGAAAGGCAGGUAUCAACUGCAAUGGCUGAAGAGAUCAGGCGCCUCUCUGUGCUGGUGGAUGAGUACCAGAUGGACUUCCACCCUUCUCCAGUGGUCCUCAAGGUUUAUAAAAAUGAACUCCACCGCCACAUAGAGGAAGGGCUGGGCCGAAACAUGUCUGACCGCUGCUCCACGGCCAUCACCAGCUCCCUGCAGACCAUGCAGCAGGACAUGAUAGACGGCUUGAAACCCCUCCUUCCUGCAUCUGUGCGGAGUCAGAUAGACAUGCUGGUCCCUCGACAGUGCUUCUCCCUCAGCUACGACCUGAACUGUGACAAGCUGUGUGCUGACUUUCAGGAGGACAUUGAGUUCCAUUUUUCUCUCGGAUGGACCAUGCUGGUGAAUAGGUUCCUGGGCCCCAAGAACAGCCGUCGGGCCUUGAUGGGCUACAAUGACCAGGUUCAGCGUCCUAUGCCUCUGACUCCAGCCAACCCCAGCAUGCCCCCCAUGCCACAGGGCUCACUCACCCAGGAGGAGCUCAUGGUUUCCAUGGUUACUGGCCUGGCCUCCCUGACGUCCAGGACCUCUAUGGGCAUUCUCGUUGUUGGAGGAGUGGUGUGGAAGGCAGUGGGCUGGCGGCUGAUUGCCCUCUCCUUUGGGCUGUAUGGCCUCCUCUAUGUCUACGAGCGUCUGACCUGGACCACCAAGGCCAAGGAGAGGGCCUUCAAGCGCCAGUUUGUGGAGUAUGCCAGCGAGAAGCUGCAGCUCAUCAUCAGCUACACUGGCUCCAACUGCAGCCACCAAGUCCAGCAGGAACUGUCUGGGACCUUUGCUCAUCUGUGCCAGCAAGUUGACGUCACCCGGGAGAACCUGGAGCAGGAAAUUGCCACUAUGAACAAGAAAAUUGAGGUUCUUGACUCACUUCAGGGCAGAGCAAAACUGCUCAGGAAUAAAGCUGGUUGGUUGGACAGCGAACUCAACAUGUUCACACAUCAGUACCUGCAGCCCAGCAGAUAGUGGGCAGCCUGGAGCGGAGCCUGGUGGAGAAGGGGCGGCACCACCAGCCCUCAGUGCCACAUGGGCUCCCCCAGGCCCGUGCGGUCCUUGUCCCAGGCCACCACCGAGAGAAUGAAAGCACCCACUGUCUCAUAGUUUUGAGCACUUCAGCAUUAGUUAUUUCCCCCUCCCUUUGCCUGCUGUUGCAGGAAAACCUUCUGGCUCGUUCCCCUAAAGGAGACUUUUAAACAACGACUGUGGACAGCAUGGUACCACGGAAUUAAGUGGAGGCUUUUCUCUGCUUUAUUGGGUUCACUUGAUUGCUUGAUAAGGUCCCAGGAGCUCAGCAUUGCAGAACACCGAUGAAGCCUUCAAGGGUAUCAGGCAGACACUCCCACCAUCCUAUGGCCCGUGCAUACCUGCACCCCAGCACCCUGCAGAGAGAAGCAUUGUCAGGGGGUGGCUGGAUUGUCUUUCCAGAAGCAUCAGGAAUAGUUCUAGGAAGGCCAAGUCUGUCCCAGAAGGUCUUGCGGCUUGUCCCAACUUGUUCUUUCCAGCUUUAAUGUUUCAUCCCAUCUGCAGAACCUUUCAGACAUGUCUUGGUGGUGAGGCUUAGUGUGCCUUAUGGGUGGGAAAGACGCAGAGGCAGCUGGAGUUGUGAGAGCAGCUCAGAGGAGAGCAGUAUGGCAGGGUGUGCAGGGUGGCAACCAGGAUGGGGAGGGACUUGCCCCAUUGUGUCCCUUGCCUUGUUUCAGUCCUUGGCCUGUGUAGGCCUGUUUUAUUAUUGGUGGAAGAUGAUUUGGUCUGGGUGGAUAAAGGAUGUAGAAGGAAGGAAGGAUGGCAGAAGGUGGGGACCUUGGUGGCAGGCUCAGGUGAGUUGGCCCCACCCAAGAUGGCUGGAGAACGUGGAGCCCUCUGGCCUGCUCUGUGAGGAGCUUGUGGGCCUGAGAACCCCACUUGCUUGAUGGCGUCCCUGUUAGGCCUCUUAAGAGACAUAUCUCUACCCCUGCCCCCGCCUUGCCCCAAGCUGCCCUUGGCCACCAGUCCUGUUUCCUGUGCCAGUGACUCUGCAGUUGGCCAAGAGACAGUAUGGGAAACCUAGUGUCCUCCUGCCAUCCUCCCAGAUCCCCAGAGCCUCCCACUGACACGCUUGGCCUCAUGUUGACUCAGAAAUGUUUCCUGUUAAGUUUUGGGAUUGUUACUGGUGAAGUCCAGAUUCCUGUCACCAAGGUGUUAACUAUCUGGGAAAAUCAGUGUUGAGGUGACAGAGCCUUUGCAAUGCAGGCCAGAGAGCUUCCUAGAAACAAGCAACACUUCUUCCAGAAAGAAGCCCACAAGGCAGAGGCUCAGCUGAGAGGUGGAGUUUUGUCCUGCUGGGUUUCGAAUCCAGCCAUCACCCAUUUUGGGGAAAUGAUUUGGUAGCUGUACACACUGGUGAGUGGCCACACAGGUGACAUCUUCUCCAUGUAUCCCUUGUCUUUCAAACUCUCAGUCUACCUUGUUGUUGGGACAAAGUGAUGGGUUUUGCCAAGGUUGAUAAAUGGUAGGAGGCUGUUCUGAGGGUUUGGAUGUUCCGGACUUGAAUGAAUGGGAGUGCCCACAGUGUGUCAGGAGAAGUCAGUGUCACAUGAUUCCAGUGAAUUUUGAGCUUUUUUGAAAAAAAUGUAGGCUAAACAUGAAUCUUUUCCACGUAGCCCCUGAGGAAUAAAUGAAAAUUUGAGCUUCUUAUACAAUAAUUAAAUUUAUAACACUGACAGACCCUUUCUGAAAGAAGUGUGGCGAAAAGCACUUUAAGUUAAUGCUGCUAACUCUGUUCUCUGUUUUUGUGUUCAUUUGCUGGAGUGCAAGAUAUGCUUGACACAGUGAGUUUUCUCUCUGAUGUAUUUAAGGUGAUGUAUUGGCCUGAAUUACUCCUGUAUCAUUACUGAUAAUACUGGAAGCUAAAAUAAAACCUAGUUGAAAACCCUC